UGUAGAGCGAAGGGAACAUCCAAAGUAGGGUGAAGGGAACAUUGAAGGUAGGGUGAGAGGAACAAGCACAAGUGGGUGAAGGGAACAUUUAAAGAUAAUGUAAGGGGAACAAUCAUAAGAAGGGUGAAGGGAACAUUUAAAGGUAGGGCGAAGGGAACAUUCAAAGUAGGGUGAAGGGAACAUUUAAAGGUAGAGCGAAGGGAACAUCCAAAGUAGGGUGAAGGGAACACUAAAAGUAGGGCGAAGGGAACAUCCAUGAAGGGAAUACUUAAAGGUAGGGUGAGGGGACAUCCAAGUAGGGUGAAGGGAACAUUUAAAUGUAGAGCGAAGGGAACAUCCAAAGUAGGGUGAAGGGAACAUUCAAAGGUAGGGCGAAGGGAAUAUCCAAAGUAGGGUAAUGCAAUGCUAAAGGAACAUUUAUAUAAUUUUUUCAAUAGGAAUAAACUCAACAGUACCGCCAACUUUCUAAUUGCAUUGAAUGCUUUUUUUGAUCUUCUUCAACUAACCCAUCCUUUCCCCUUCUUUUUUGUUGCAACUUCUUCGACUAAUUUUAUUGGCACGUUUCAAUCCAUGCGUUUACUAAUUCCAGCACUUUUUGGCAUUCAAUGUUCAUUGACUUGUAUUGCUUUUACUGCGAUUGAUAGACUUAUAGCUGUUGUUAUCCCGAUUAAAUAUAAUCAGGUAUCUUAGUCUGAUAGGUAGAUUGAAAGUUUAGCUGGAAUCUGGGAGGAAAAAAGAGUGAAGGGAACUCCAGGAAGUAGUGUGAAGGGGCGGCCAUACAUAAGUAGGAUAAGGGGAACCGUCAAAAGUAGGGUGAGAGGGACAAUCGAAAGUAGGCUGAAGGGGACAUUCGAAAGUAGGGUAAAAGGGAACAUUAUAUAUCCAUGAAUAGACGGCCAUUGACACCAUACU